GGGAUGGAGGCGGGAGCACCGGCCCGGCCCGGCGAGACACGUUCUCCAAGUGCUGCCGCCCGGAGUUUGCUUCCCCUAAGGCGGGGCGGGCGCAGCCGGCGCGGCUGAGGAGGAGAGCGCGGCGCGGAGCCGGCGCGAAAAUGACUGAAGAGCAUAUAUGAGUCACCCUGGAAGAAAUCACUUUGCUGUGAGUUUUACUUGAGCAUCCCCAUCCUAUGAGAAGGAAGACGAGAAGGAUCUGUCAGCCUUCUUAGCUGUAAAAUGGGGACUACAGGUGACGACAUGGCUGCAGCGGAGCAGAAUGCCUCCUUGAACCCUCUGUGCUUUGAGUGUGGCCAGCAGCACUGGACAAGGGAGAACCAUCUCUACAACUACCAGAACGAAGUGGAUGAUGACUUGGUCUGCCACAUUUGCCUUCAGCCCUUGUUGCAGCCGUUGGACACUCCCUGUGGACACACUUUCUGCUACAAGUGCCUAAGGAACUUUUUGCAGGAGAAGGAUUUCUGCCCACUGGAUCGAAAAAGACUCCAUUUUAAACUCUGCAAAAAAUCCAGCAUCCUUGUUCAUAAACUGUUAGACAAGCUCUUUGUUCUGUGCCCCUUCUCUUCUGUGUGUCAGGAAGUAAUGCAGAGAUGUGAUCUGGCCGCACAUCUUAAAAACAGGUGUCCUGGGGCUUCUCAUCGGAGAGUUGCCCUGGAGAGAAGGAAAACGAGCAAGCUGCCAGCAGAAGCAGAGGGCGAGAGCGGUGUCGGCGGGCCGGAGCAGCCCAGCAGCCUGUCUCCGGACGCUGAUCAGGGAAUAGUGCCAGCUGAGCCGAGCUUUACGUCGCCCGCCCUGCCCGCGUGGACAGACGAGCCCGGCAUCGACAACCCGCCUUUCGAGGAGAGCACGGUGGCAGACACAAAUCAACAGCCACCUACCUUGCCUGAAGGAGAGAUCACUACUAUUGAAAUUCAUCGGUCCAAUCCUUAUAUUGAAUUAGGAAUUAGCAUAGUGGGUGGCAAUGAAACACCUUUGAUCAACAUUGUCAUUCAAGAGGUUUAUCGAGAUGGGAUCAUUGCCAGAGAUGGAAGACUUCUUGCUGGAGACCAAAUACUUCAAGUCAAUAGCUUUGACAUAAGCAACGUGUCCCACAACCACGCUCGAGCCGUGCUGUCGCAGCCGUGCUCGGUGCUGCACCUGACGGUGCUGCGGGAGCGGCGCUUCGGCAGCCGCACGCACAGCCACGCGGACGCGCCGGGCUCCGGGCGGGAGGACAGCUUCCAGGUGACCCUGCACAAGCGCGACUCCAGCGAGCAGCUGGGCAUCAAGCUCGUGCGCAGGACCGACGAGCCGGGGGUUUUCAUCCUCGACCUCCUGGAAGGGGGUUUGGCUGCUCAGGACGGCAGGCUCUGCAGCAAUGACCGCGUGCUGGCCAUUAACGGGCACGACUUGAAGCACGGCACGCCGGAGCUCGCCGCUCAGGUUAUACAGGCGAGCGGGGAGAGAGUGAACUUGAUCAUCUCUAGACCCCUGAAGUCACAGACAGUCAGCAUUAUCCGAGACACCGGGACUCACAACAGCAACUCACACCAACACCAAUCCCACCAGCUGUUUCACAGCAGACCUAACUCACAUAAGGAUCUCUCCCAGUGUGUUACAUGCCAAGAAAAGCACAUUACUGUGAAAAAAGAGCCACAUGAAUCUCUGGGAAUGACAGUGGCAGGAGGCAGAGGCAGCAAAAGUGGCGAGCUGCCCAUCUUUGUGACAAGUGUGCAGCCUCACGGGUGUUUGGCAAGAGACGGCAGGAUUAAACGAGGUGACGUGCUGCUGAACAUCAACGGCAUUGAUCUGACCAACCUGAGUCACAGCGAGGCUGUGGCCAUGCUGAAGGCUAGUGCUGCCUCUUCAGUAGUUGCCCUGAAAGCCCUGGAAGUCCAGAUUGUAGAAGAACAGCCCCAGGCUAAUGAGGAGCAAUUGAGUACCAUCAGUGAAAAUGAAUACGAUGCCAGCUGGUCGCCGUCGUGGGUCAUGUGGCUGGGACUGCCAAGCUGCCUGCAUAGCUGCCAUGACGUGGUGCUGCGGCGGAGCAAUUUAGGGAGCUGGGGCUUCAGCAUCGUCGGUGGCUACGAGGAGAACCACACAAACCAGCCUUUCUUCAUUAAAACAAUUGUUCUUGGAACUCCUGCCUACUUUGAUGGAAGAUUAAAGUGUGGUGAUAUGAUUGUUGCUGUAAACGGACUAUCCACGGUUGGAAUGAGUCAUUCUGCGCUCGUUCCCAUGCUGAAGGAGCAGAGGAACAAAGUGACUUUAACUGUGAUUUGCUGGCCUGGAAGCCUCAUAUAGAGUUGUGAAUCACUUCGGUUCAAGCAGCGUCUUUCUCCAGAUAGCUGGCACAAAAAUCUCCUCUCUCUUUUUUUCCCUAUUGAUGCAGCUGGUUAAAAGCAGGGCCAAAACUGCUGUAUUUUCCUUUUUCACAGGUCUCUCAGACUUAAUCUACCUGUUUUGCCAUCCUGAAAUAGCUGUUUCUGUUUGCUAUGUCUGUUGCUGACACAAAUGCAAAUAUAUUCGAGCUCACAGAGAAAUCCCCUCUGGCUUUUCCCAUCAGGCUUGUAGGGUCAGCGGAAGAACUUAGCAGUUCUUUGGGUUUCUCUGCAAAGUCCUUAAGUUGUAUUGUGAUAUAUAACUGUAACAUUCAUGUGCCCGCUCUUCCCAGCAAAGAGAAGGUGUGUCGGUACAGAAUGACACAUCUGUCUGCUGCUAUGAACCAAAGUCUGUUUCCAAAGGUUACAUCGCUUCAUUUCGUAAACCUUCCCAUUUUUGAUUCCGUAUUUCGGACUGAUUCAAGUGUUCCAUCUCACUCAUCAGAAAUUACUCGGUCCCCCAAAUUUUUCUUGCAGGGCAUCAGUGUUCAUAGAAGAGUAGGACAAAAGCCUGAUAUUACUAGAAUUUUUAUAAAGUGCAAUAAUUGGACUCUUUGUUAGGAAACUUUAAUAUAUUACAGAGUUUGUACCCUAUAAUGACAAGAAAUACGGAAGUAAUUCCCGUUGCAAUGCUGGCAAGGAUUCUUGUGCCCAAGGUCGCCUUUGAGUGAAUGGCUUGCAGUAUUAGACUUUACUUUACAAAUGAAUGUUUUGCUAUGUCAGAGAAUUUUGAUGAACAUUUUUAUGAAGAUCAUUUUUACCGUUUCUAUUGUAGUUGACAGCUCUCUUUAUUCAAGUGUGGAAACAAUACUUUGACUUGUACUUUCUAAAUGAGAGAAUUAUUUCCAGGGAAAAAAGCAAGCUGUUAAAAAAUCAUAUGUUAUGGUUAACAGGUGAGCAAGCUAGAAGGAAAGCUCUUUGAUUUCAAGUCCAACUGCAAAGUAAGCUGCAAAGUUCACUCUUACUGUCACCUCCUGACAAAUGUGCAAAUGCCUUGAUAUCAAAUGCUGAAAAGAUCUCUUUUGCAUUUCAGGAUAUUUUUUUUUUUCCUUUAGAGAGCACCUGCUGUUGUCAGUAAUACUGUUUGUCUUGGAUUAUAUUUAGUAUUUUUACAAACCAACCUGUAACUUCUAGACUCUGCCUUUCCAUGAUAUUUGCAGGCUAAGCACCCACUUGUUUAAGAAAAGAGGGGUGGAGCACAGAAAGAAAUGUGCUGACCUGGAGCUAACCCUGUGUGUUGUCAGUGUUCUCAAUAUUUGAAAAGAGCUUCAUUUAUAAACCAGGUUCCAAACCUGAACUGAUUUUAUGAAUGACCUCUGUAUUGUACUAUUAAUUACCAGAGAAUGUAUUUGAGAGUCACAGCAUAUUUCAAUUGUGAAGCAUGAACUUUAUUUUCAAACUUAGCUGGUAUAAUAUCGGGGCAUAUUAUCGCAUGUCAUUAUUCUAGUAGCUUUGUUUUCAAAAGAAAUAAAGUUACUCUUUUGCAGAAAAAAA